GUUAAUUUGUACCCUCACCUGUUUGGCUGUGAUAGGCUGAGCCUCACCCAAUCACCGGCCGCUGUCCCGACCCUUCCGUACAUUCACAGUGUGAUUUAGCGCACACACAGCGGAACGCGGGCCAGUUUCUUGUCUGAACAGUUUGGUGAAGCCUUGCUUUCUGGCUCCCAACCGCCACUCAGCACCUGCCCGCUGACAUCAGUGUACCUGAGGAUCUACUGGUCCCCCCCUCCCCGUCUCCCCAGAUGUAGAGGGAGUUGUCAUCUGCAACAGCCGUGUACACAAUACUGUACUACGGAGGCGUUCACACUGCCACCAGCUAAGUUGACUCUUGUGCUGUCCAGUGAAGUUGCCUACCAUGCGUGAGUACAAGCUAGUGGUGCUGGGAUCAGGAGGCGUUGGAAAAUCAGCACUGACAGUCCAGUUUGUGCAAGGCAUUUUUGUUGAGAAGUAUGACCCCACAAUAGAAGACUCUUACAGAAAGCAAGUCGAGGUCGAUGGGCAGCAAUGCAUGCUUGAAAUCCUGGACACGGCUGGAACAGAACAGUUCACGGCUAUGAGGGACCUGUACAUGAAGAAUGGCCAGGGCUUUGCUUUGGUUUACUCCAUUACAGCGCAGUCAACAUUUAAUGACCUACAGGACCUCCGGGAGCAGAUCCUGCGAGUAAAGGACACUGAGGAUGUUCCCAUGAUUCUGGUGGGAAACAAGUGUGACCUGGAGGAUGAGCGUGUGGUUGGCAAGGAGCAGGGUCAGAAUCUGGCCCGUCAGUGGAACAACUGUGCCUUUUUAGAGACUUCAGCUAAAUCAAAGAUCAAUGUUAAUGAGAUUUUCUAUGAUCUGGUGCGACAGAUCAACAGAAAAACGCCGAUGGAAAAGGAGAAGACAAAAAAGAAGUCAGGUUGCACACUGCUCUAAAAUGCCCACCCAGGCCAGAAACUCGUAAUGAUUAACUGUUUCCCAGUGGAUCGUGCCAGCAUUCCAAGUCCUCUCCAGAGCGUUUUGAAAAAGGCUGACAGAGAUACUUCACCACUUGCAAAAUGGCGGGAGAAGGCACAUACUUUCAAAUACUCUUUUCUGCUUUUGAAUGGCAAAGAAAUUCGCCUCUUUUUUUUUUUUGUAUUGUCAGCCUGAUGACAACUCUGUUUUUGUCUUUUUUUUCUUGUUCAAAGUCUCUCUCUUUUGGAAAUAUCAAUGUAAAAGAAGAGACCAUAAAAUCCAUAUAUGGGAACUAAAAUGUUUUAUUAGUAAGUAACAUCAGUCUUUGGCAUAUUGUGACGAUACGUUUGCAAAAGAAACCAUGUGAAAUGUUCACACAUUUCCGCACUAACGGUGUAUACGGAGAUGCAUCAUUGUCCGUAAGUUACUUGAUCCUACUUACAAGGAUGUGUACUGACGAGAUAACAUCUUUCCUAAGUGACUUUGUUUUAUAUUGAGAGCUGCAAGCCUUCCAUAUUUCCCAUAAUAUAUUCUUCCAUUUUUGCAUAAUAAAGCUAAGGAAAUUAGUAUUUUAUAGACUGAUGGGGGAAAAUGGUGCGUUCCGAUUUGUGUCUUGAGGCUGAAAAUAUAUUGUACUAAACCAACUCUAAUAUUGCUUCUUGUGUUACCCUGUCACAGAUGAUUUUCCAGCUUUUAUGAAUGAUUAAAUUUUAGUACAUUUUCA